AUGAAAACACUGCUGCAGAGAGUGAACUCGUCUCUAACUUCUCUGAGAAUGAACGCAAUGAAAUAUAACCUCGCCAAGCUCAUCAACAUGUCCUGCACCAUCCCAACUCUGUCCUCUCUGCAGCUUAAAUAUAACAAGCUUAAAACUGUUGGCUCAGAUUUGUUUAAGCUGUGCGUUAAUGUCACCGAGUUAGAGUUAACGAAGAGUAACAUAAAAGUUAUCGACGACAACGCCUUCAGAUCCCUUCGGAGCUUAAAGAUCUUGACCCUGAGUUCCAACAAGCUUAUGUCUGUCCCGGCUGCCACAAGGAAUCUUCCAGCUUUAUUGGAGCUGGACCUCAGCAACAAUAACAUCACCUCGCUCCAAUGUCACGAUUUCACCAAUCAGACGAAGCUUCGGCAGCUCAACCUUUACCUGAAUUCAAUCCCAGAUCUGAAAGAUUGCCUAUUUAAGGAUUUAACACGGUUGCAGGUUCUGAAACUACAGUCCAGCCACAUACAACUGUUCUUCCCGAUUCAAAACCUGAAGAGCCUAUAUAUAUCUAGAGCAAGCCUCCACUCUCUAGAUAUCUUCAUAGGUGCCAACCUGACCAACCUGGAGUUCCUGCAGCGCCUGGUUCCUCCAGUGGGUAAAAAAGACAACUACACUCAAGUUUUUGACGCUUAUAACUAUACGUGCAACUAUCCGCCAGUCGUUGAAGGUACGAAGCUGUUGGACCUGGACGUCCGGGACUGCUCAGUCGACACCGGCUUUAUCUGUUUCGUCUCCACCACAUGCACAGUCCUCUGUUUUAUGAUAGCGACCUUUACCUACGACUUCAUGAGAUGGCAGCUGGUCUAUGCCUAUUACCUCUUCAUGGCUUGGCUUCUUGACACAAAGCACAAAAACAAGCAAGCGCCUCAUCAGUAUGACGCCUUCAUCUCCUACAACACCCACGAUGAGCCCUGGGUCAUCAGAGAGCUCUUACCAAAGCUGGAAGGAGAACAGGGCUGGAAGCUGUGUCUGCACCAUCGAGACUUUGAGCCAGGGAAACCCAUCAUAGACAACAUCACCGACGGCAUCUACGGGAGCAGGAAGACCAUCUGUGUGAUCAGCCGCAGAUACCUGGACAGCGAGUGGUGCUCCAGAGAGAUCCAGGCGGCCAGUUUCCGACUGUUCGACGAGCAGAAGGACGUUCUGAUCCUGGUGUUCCUGGAGGAGAUUCCCACAUAUCUGCUGUCUCCGUACCACCGCAUGAGGAAACUGUUGAAGAGGCAAACCUACCUGAGCUGGCCGCAAGCUGGAGAACACACCGAGGUGUUCUGGGAGAAGCUCCGAAAGGCUCUGAAGAACAAAGAAGAUCCGGAUGAGGACAGAUUCCACCUCAAUCUGCUGGAAGCACCAUGAUGGAAAUAAGAAAUACAAGCUUUUUCAUCUUUGUCCUCAGUGGCUUGAGAAGUUUAUCUGAAGGAUGUCAGCUACUGAACUGAGCAGUCUUUACAUGGACAUUCAACCAUAAACUAGAAGGCCUAGUUAUGGUGAAGCACUGAGGGAUGAACAUUUAAUAUGUCUGAGAAAAAAGAAGGACUGACAUGAAUAUUUUUUUUCAAAAGUCAGCUUAACCCUCCCGUCGUCCUGCUGCUCAAAUUGACCCGUUUUAAAGUUUGAAAAUGUGAAAAAAAAAAUCAACUAAAAUCCAACGAAUUUUCCUGGAUUUUGGUUGAAUUUUUUCUGAAUGUUCUUAAAGAAAAAAUUACAGCUUUUACUGAUAUAUAUGUAAUCACUUUAGAUAUUUUUAGGAUUUUUUUUUGAAGAUUUUUGUUCAUUUUUUGAAAAUAUUUACAUUUUUUUAUUCUUUAAAUUCUAUAUUUCUUGUCAAAUUUGGGGAUUUAAAAAAAAAAAACUUUCAAGGAAACUUUAGAGGAAGUUUUGGAGUUUUUUUUUCCUGAAGAUUUUGUAAAUUUUUAGAAAUUCGGGGAGUUUUUUUUUUUUUUUUUUACUUAGUUUUUGGGUUUUUUCAAACGAAGGAACAACUUGUUUUGGUGCCAGUAAAUAAAGACAACAGGAGUUAAAGGAGCAUCAAAAAGAUGUCUCACUCACCUGUUUCUUUGCAAAACUUUCCCGUCUUAUUAAAAACUGAUGAGAUUCCUACAUGCUAAUAGAUGGCUUAAAUCUCAGAGUGCUCACUUCUUGACAUAUGGGGCAUUUUCCAUUAAUUACUUUUGCAAUUUGUACAGUUUAAAGGACACUUCUGGUCUAUUUCAGCCUGGUGUGUAUCCCACUAGCAUGAUUAUAAGUAGUAUUAGCUUCCACCUCCAUUGUAUUUUAAAUUUAGCCGUUUUUUUUUCUGCAUGUACCAUGUCAAAAUGUAUGUUUUUGAGCGCUAACAAUAAUCUUUUUGAUAAUUGCAUCCAUUCUGGGUUGUCGUUGCUCAAACUAUGAACUCUUUUGUGCAGCUCUUCCCUGAAUCUCCACAGUGGAGGUGUUGAGUGUGAAGCUAGCAUCACCCAGAGAGCCAAAGUAACCAAUUUAAUGGUUGAAAUGAAUCAGAAUGAACCUUUACGGCACAAUCCCUCUCACAUGAACUCAUGCUGGUGUGUUUUCAGCUCCUACUUGGAUACCCAUGUACAAAAAAGGAAAAUAUUUGCACUGAAUUUGUAUAUUUUAAAAUAUAUAUUAUCAUUAAUCAUU